UCAUCAUCGAAAAUAGUUCCAAUAUGACUGGCGCAAGGCGCUUUCACGGUUGCUGUGGGAUCGAAUCCAAGUUGGACGAAGGCCUUGGAAUUCCGAGUGGUGCUCUCAAUGAUAAGCCAGAUAACCCAGUUCUGGAGCGAGCGGUUUCCCUUUAAAGUGGAUCGCAACGAGAGGCCCUCGAGUUGUUAUCAUUGGGCUCGAGACGCAAUCGAAGAUCUUAUGAAAAAGAAUGCUUCUUAUGUGAAUCUUCGAGGAAAGUGGGCCGAAACACAAGAAUUGCUGGCGAACGGCCCAGAUAUGAAUCAAAAUGCCAGGUAUGACGAUGGCAUGGUCCUGGGUGUUCAGCACGAAGAUACUGCAAGACAAAAUGACACAAGCCAGCACAACAGAAGCGUCGAUGUAAGUGACGAUGGAAUCGGGUUGCAUGUUGUCACCCAGAAUGCCGCAGCUACGGAUAAGAUAAGCCUUGAGGGGCUAUCUCCAGAUUUUAUACAGAAAUUCGACCUGCACAAUCAUCGGAUGGUUCAGAAUGAUGGAGGUUAUGAUACCAUGAACCUUGGUUUCAAUGACCAGAACCCAGUGAGAGGUCGUGCUAUGAACCAGAAUGUUCCCCCUCUGAAUAGCAUGCGCUCUACCACAACUCGCCAAUAUACUACAAACCAAGAGACUAUGGAGACUAAUCGCGGAAAACACAAGGACAAGAAACAGGGUUCGAGUUGGUGUUGUUUUUGAUGAGCCCGGGGCAUUAUUCAGGCGGAAACGAACAUGACCCAGAGAACAGAAUACUUAAGUGAAUGGUUGUUCAGUUAGACAUGCCUCCAAUCUCCUAGUUUUAAUUUGUUUCCUUCUGCGCAAGUUCCGUCCUGCUAGAUAUGCUCCGUACUACUCCCCAUCAGUCCCUGUUGAUAUAUGCCCUUAAUAGACAGGUCCCAUAUCAACCUGGAGUUUUAAAUAGGCCUUCAUUAGAGAAACAGAUAUUCCUGAACAUAGUGGUUGGAUUGACGUAGGAAAUGGCCCUCCACAUUCAGUGUUGGACGUGCACGACCUGGGGGUACUGGGUGGUCC